AUGAAGGUCCGAUAUGCAAUAGCAAUCUCGAGUUUCGUUGCCAACGAAGAGUUGAUUGAGAAUGCUGCCGUCAAGAAAGCACCAUGUUGUUUUCUAAAUCUCAUCGCUGGAGAUCGAAUUUCUGUAUUUGCUGAGAAAGACGGAUGGGCCGUAGGAUCACGGAUUGGGUGCAGGACAGAUGCAGGGCUGUUCCCUCUCACUGCGGUCAUGUUUGUGAAUAGGCGCUCACAAACUGAUCCCACUGCAGAAGGCGCUAAUAUCGUUGAGGAAAUCAGUCAAGUCACACAGACAUGGUGGAGAAAAAUCAAGGAGAUCUACGUGAAGCACUCGGAGAUGCACUAUUUUCAUGAAGUGCUUGAUUUUAUAGAUUACAUGCUGUUUGUGAGGUUGAGGAUUCUCUCAGAUCGUGUACCCUCGGAAGAGCUCAAUUUCUUGCGAAUUCAACUCGCUAAAAAGAUCGAUCGUGGGAACAUGUUGCUCAGCUUAAAUGUAACUAUUCGAGACGAGCGUGGCCUGGCGUUUGAUCCGGAUUCGAUUUCCUUCCUACAGACCUAUACGGAACAUCAAAAUGCUCAGAAGCGUGUCGCACUUGAUUCGUCAAAGGCCGAUGCACCGGAAAAGUCUUCGAAAGCGUUCUGCGUGUUAUUACGGGUCCAAAGCAUAGAACUACAAAUGAAACAUAAUUGUGAAUUUAGUAUGGUGCUCUACGAUUUCGAAAACAAACGGCAUGUCAGCGAUACCUUCACGUUCAUUUGGAAAUGUAACGAAACGAAUUCGCGAGAUCUCAGCAUUAGUGGGUUGUUUGCGAAUUUCAAUCAGUCUGAUAUUGGAAGGCGCAUCGUCUUAAUCACUCGUGUGGCUCAUAUAGCUCCAGUAGAACAUACAUCGUCCACAUUGAAAAGGAACCAGGAACCUGGUCCGUCUAGUCUUUACUGCCGUCAAGUUUUCGCUUUCGACUUCUUUGACAUGACAUCAUUGUUUGCUAAUCCUCAGCCAUCUCAUGAAGCCAAAGAUAGAGAGAUUUUCCUUAAUAGCGGAUUGUCGGAACUCAAGCUGCGGAAACCAUACAUUUUCACGAGAAAUCCGCCCACAAUUGUUUCUCGGUGUGACUACGCAGGACCUUCAUCUGGUGAUGUACGCAACCAGCUUUACAUUACACUCGUACAGGGAGAGUUUACUAGCAAAUCAUCUGAUUGGAAUAUUGAGGCCCGCAUGCACCUAGUCGAAGGAAAUGGACGAAUUAUUCCUGAUAUUAUCGAAGCUUUGUUUAUAUUCACGAAGAUAAACCGCUCUGGUUCGAGAACGUCAAGAUUCAUUUGCCCGGAAGACAUUAGUCGCGAUCUGCAUCUUCGUAUAACGUUCCACUCUCGAAAACCAUACGAUAAAGGAAAACCAGAGAAAGGACCUUUCGCUUUGGCCCACAUUCGUCUUAUGUGUAAAUCAGUUCUUGUUCCCGAUGGUGAUCACGAGCUGCUCAUUGAGUCAUCACAUUAUGACGACAACAACACAGGUUACUUACCCUUGCCGCAAACCAAGAGAGUUCUUCGUGAUCUCGGAAACACCACAAACAAGCCACAUUCCUCGGUCUUCUCAUUAAGUGAGAAGAGUUCUGUGUUGAUAAAUACACUAACUUGUUCGACAUUACUCACUCAGAAUGAACAUAUCCUUAAUGUACUCGGGUGGAGGGAAUCGAGGCCAAAUCUCAACUCAUCGCUUAUAAUGCUAGCUGCUCCAUUUGGAGACACUCAGGACGAGAUGAUUCGAUUUCUAUGUCCGUUACUAGAUGCGCUUUUUGAAUUAUGGGAAGAGCGUGAGCAACUUGAACUACCUGCAUUUGACGUUAUCAUUGCACUUUUCAAAUUGACUGAAGAGCAGAUUCACAGCACAGGAGCGGAUUCGCUGAAGAAAUAUCUCGACAGGUUUCCAUAUUGCAACGCUGCUGUAAAGUUGAUGCGAUGUCUCAAUCACUACAUAGCAAGUGCAUCCACAGUGAACAAUGAGAAAACUCGUAACCUGUUCAAAGUUUUGGGUCUUGUCUUCCGUACAGUAGUGCAGUCGAAGCGAAGCGGUGACAACUUUUUCGAUGACGAGGACUAUACGAUAAAAUUUCGUGCUCAGCUGGAUAGUGUUCUCGAUUCGUUGGUAUCUCUUAUGGGCGAGACGAGAGAAAGGAUGACGGUGCAGAAUACAGCUCUGAAGCAUUUGCCAGCAAUUGUUGAUCCGAUUUGUGCGAGUGGUGCCUACGAGCCUACCGAUCUUUGCAAAUUUUUCAUAAGAGUAAUGAACGGCUUUGGAAAGAAUAUCGUUGCUCGAGAACGCCUCGGUUUGGUGUCUCAACUGAUAGAUACACAUCUCUUUGAGCUGCUGUCCUGUCGUACGGUUCUUCUACCUCGUUGCAUUGAUCUAGUUUUGGUCCAAUUGGAUCCGGACUUGAGUGAAGAGCGUGAGUUUGCCGAUCGAGCCAUGGAAUGUGCUUCUAUCGUCGGACGUCUCCUAGAGCGUCUCUUCCCAGCUACGACAACUCCACCGUUUUAUCAGUACGGCACGGAAGAAGAGCUCAACCUCAUUCUUGGUGGGACGUACAGGCCGUUGGUGCAAGCAAUGGUGUACAUUGGAGAACAGCAUCUGUCGAGCGACGAAAUUCGGGGCCGAUUUUUCUCGCUAAUUCUCGCGUUGCUCAACAAAAUGUCGGCUGAAGUGUUUGGGAAAUACAUAGAAAAUAGACCGAACGACAUUGACAAGAUGGAUUUCAUUUUGGAGAUGUUGCAAAUGAUUCGCGACUUGUUGUGCAAGUGUCCUUUCCCGUCUACUUGGCAGCAGAUGAUAAUGUUGCAGAAUAAGACAGUUCAUAAAGCUUUACGAUUUCUCAUGAAUGCUAUACAAGGACACUUUUCUAAUGAGAGGGAGAGCUUCUAUUCCGAUAUUUGGCAAGAAUACAUGCUCACAGCUGUGUGUUUCGUUACACAACCAUCUCUGCAGUCAAAUGAAGAAUGGCUGCGAGACGAAGCCGAUUCCCGUAUUCAGCUACGAAAAGCAACUGCUCGUGAUCUUCGAUCAAUGUGGUUCCGUCUCACACCUGUGCAAAAAAUGGCCUACAUCCCUCGUCUAGUUGGAGCGUUUCUAAAAGUUGCUCUUGUGGAAGAUGACGAGACAAGGGAAGCGACUAUUCCAAUAUUCUUCGAUAUGAUGCAGUGCGAAUUUCAUUCCUGCAUUGAAGAUCGCAAGAAUUUCAAAAAGGCUUGUUUUCCUUUAAUUUUCUCGGAUGAGUUAAUCACUCAAUUAGACAGCUUGGUCGACCAAGAUCGCGGAACGAGAGCCUUUCAAGAGCAGUUCACCAAAAUCUUGAAAAGCCAGUGCCAAUCGGACAGAGAACUGUGGGAGGGUGGUGGCAGAGAUCUGAUCGAUCGUGUGGAUCGGCUCCUGGGGCACCUGUUUGAGUACAGAUUGGUACGGGAAACGUCAGAUUGUAUGGAGAACGGUAUGAGUAGGACCGUUCAGCUGCUGAGAUACUAUGAGAAGUACAGGCACCAUAAUCUCUACAUCACUUAUGUUUACAAAUUGUACAACCUACAUAUGACCUACAAUAAUCAAAUUGAAGCUGCUAGGACGUUAAUGCUGUAUGCGAAUACCCUCAGCGUUUUCAAUGUGGAUCCGAUACCAACCUCAUGUCCAUUCAAAGACGCUCACGUCAAUCCCUCCAUCAAGGAUUACUACCGACACUACAACAUUCGUGACUUUGAGUAUAGUCGCGUAGAAGAGCGGAAGGAUACCAAAUGGACUGCGGUGAAGGAUUCGGAGCUAAUGCGGACUUGGAUCGUCAAACGAACAGUUGUAACAUACGAAAGAUUACCGGGUAUCCUGCGAUCAACACAGAUAAUCUCCACUUCACCACCAAUCUACGUGAAUCCGUUGCGACGUUCGGUCGAUCAGAUGCAGCGAAAGAACGCAGAGCUGAUGGAAACGGCUUUAUUGGUGCUACUCAAUCGCAUUCAUGCUGUGAAGAAGCUGUCAGGGGAAAUACUUGGUGUAGUCCGUCCAGCUGUAAUGGGUGGUGUCAGCAACUAUGAGGUGUUUUUCUCUGACGAAUGCUCCAGAAUCUAUGACUCAGAAGAGAAGCAGCUUGCCAUGCACCUGAGCGCUCUAAUAAUCGAACAGGUGGAGAUUCUGGAAUUCUGCUUGUAUGCCCAUGCAACGCGUACAGAAAUUACCAAACAAUUUCAUGACCAUCUUGUCGAAGGAUUCUUUGAACACAAACAAUACGUCGAGGACAAGUUUGGUCGAACGGUAAGGAUUGCUGAGCUAUAUCGUAAAAUUGAUCGUGAGAAUCGUGCUUUCUUCUACUACUACCUUGUGGCCUUCUAUGGGAAGGGAUUUCCUAGCUAUCUGAACGGGAUCAGUUUCGUGUUCCGCAGUGACAAGUUGGAACGCCACGCCGAUUUCAUGCAGCGAAUGCAACAGGUUUUCAAUGUGGAUCCGAUACCAACCUCAUGUCCAUUCAAAGACGCUCACGUCAAUCCCUCCAUCAAGGAUUACUACCGACACUACAACCGUUCAAUUCUACCAGAAGGAGCAUCUAUACGAUAUUCAGUCGAAAGUAACGGUAUUGAUGCGAGUAAAAAGACAGUUUCGAGUAGUUCAUUAGAUACCAGCUCAACCGGCACGUUGAACCUGAGAUCACGUGGGGCUGCAAUAGGAUCCACGAUGUUGAGCAUGUUGACUACGUCGAGGAAGUCCAGUUCGAAUGCGGUAGUGAACUCUGCGUCGUCGCCUUCGUCACUAGCGAAUAACCGCACCAUAUCUGUCGAUGCCGCCCGUGUAUUUGCUUCUAUACGAGAUAACGGUGCGGAUUCCCUCCGUUCGUUAGAUCACUCUAGCAGGAGGCCUACGGUUGAUGGGCUAGAAGGUAUUCGACUUCGAACACGCGCCCGAAGGAGUCUGGACCAGACGGCCUGCGCUCCACCGCUUCCACCGCGCACGCACGCUGUCAUGUCGAACGAUUCUAUACACGAUGAUAGAAAUUUAUUCAAUGAACAAAGGCACAAUAAGACUUAUUACAGACUUUGCGGCAGUUUAUUCGACAGAUGUCCCGAGGCUGAGAAAGUUAGACGCAAUGGAGAA